AUGCUCAAUCUAAUCCUUGAGCACAUCAUCGUUCCCUUCGCGGUCGAUAUCGUCCUGGCGGCGGCGUGCCUAUGUACGGCAUUAGCCAAUGCCCACAACGACUCCCAGAUGAGGCUUCCUGGGAUGUCGUCCGUUGCUUCACCAUCGCCAUCGGGUGAAGACGUCGCCUUCGCCUUCUACGAGGGCGAGGGUCGUAUAACGAUGGUGCCGACGGUUGGCUGGUUUGCAGCUGCAAACCAGCUCAACCCGAGGGCACCGGAGUUCCGCCCUCGCUCGGUAGAGCAAACCGAGGAGGAGGAGGAGGAGGAGGAGGAGGAGCCGGAGUUCGGGCCCUGGGCGACCGAGGCCGAUAGGGAUGUGUCAUCAGACGGGAUGUCUGAUGACAUCAAUUCCUAUGCGGAGGUUGACAGGUCGAGGGUCGAGGGGCAGAGGGAUUCUGCCACUGCGGCCGCCAUUCAGAACGGGAUUCAAACCGUUCUGAAUCGGCGUGCCGCAAGGGGGACCAGCGGGCCGGCUCCGGUUCCUCCAACCACGUCGACGGGGCGACGACUCCCCGAGUUCAAGAUUCGGGGGAGGGAUCUUCGAUCCCUUCCUACCCACCUGGACCCUAGGUUCAGGAAUGUCAAGUCGUACAGCAGCACUUGGCAACCACGCGGCCGGGCCCCAUCGGACGUUUCACCGUCCGAAUUUUACAAGCCAGAACCCGAGGGGCCCAUUGACGCCUGGGUUGGCGAUCAACUCCAUAAAGAGCCAAUGGAGUUUUACGUUGACCCCGACUGUAGGGGUUCCACACCAGGAACCUUUGCAGACGGGGUCAUGGGGUCUUGUAGUACGAUCAGACCCUCCCAGUCGGUGCAGGGAGACGAGGAUGAGCCCGAGGAGCAUACUGCCUCGGGCCAUCUUCCGAUCCCUACACCGGAUCGAACCAACCAGGCGGCCCAGGUGGGCCAAGGUCCCCUGGUUCCAGAACCAGUCACUCCUGCUCGACUCACUUAUACAGAGUCUCCACAUAUCAAUGAACCAGGGCAGAUGCCUGUAGUUCCUGUUCCUUUGGGGGAGUAUAUAGAGUUGAAGGAGAUUGCUGAAAAGGCUAAGAAAGACGCUGCCACGUUUGAGGCACGUCUUGAAGCAGAAUUUAAACGCCUUCGCGAAGAGAUGGCCCAAUCCUUCGAGGGUCCAUUUUCUCACUACGGUCAGCUCAGCGACCAGGAGCCUGAGCAAAGACGUCGUUCGAUUCAGAGGCGUACUAGUCUACCCAUCAUACUAUCUCCAAGUUUGGGCCCCCAGAUUCCUUGCAACUUGCUUGGAAAGUCGAUUCUUCGACGUGAUGAAAAAAUUCCAGCAAUCGAUACUAAGCAACCACCAAGCGAGUUGGAAAAGAAGGUUGGGCUGCUUCAACGUGUUCUUGAAGAGGAUGCUGCUACGGCUGGAGCUUUGAGAGAUGUUGACAUUAGAGAUUUGGCUCACGGAGCUGAAACAGGUGACUGGAGUCAGCUGUUAAACUACCAAGGAGGAGCCCUCUUCUCGACUAUGCUUCAAGUCGUAGCGAAUGAGCGACAAGAUGCCAUCGAAUUGGCUAAAAAAGUCGGCCGUGCCGCCGUCAAAGUUGUCAAACAUGAUAAACAACCUGACGAGAAAGUUAGGGCAGAAAAAGAAUUGUUCAAAUCCAUCUUCGAUAACAAGUUCAACGACUUUUGGAACGAGAUUCGCCCAAACCUCUCCUUCGAUAAGGAUCCUCUCUCUCUGUCCGGUCGUCGUCAAUACCCUCCGUUCUACCCGGCUACUGGACAAAUGCCUCCUCAGCCUCCUCACAACUACGCCAAACCAGAAUUUUCGGAGAUCCGCGAUGAACUAGAAAUGAUACUGCGUAAGAUGCGUCGUUUCUGUAAACAAUUCUUCUCUGGACUUGGUGCUGAGGAGCUUUCUCCUGAGAUAUACGACUGUUUCCUUGCUAUGUGUGGUGGAUCUCGCGAAGUUUUGAAGACCCUUUUGGAACGCAAGGAUACCAAGUACAUUCUGGUCUUGGGAUUUAUCAAGCGAGUUUUGUUCAGUAUUUGUCUCGGUCCCGGUUGGAUCUGGCAGGGCUAUGACGACAAUCUUUCUGGACUCUUCUCACUCGAACACAAUCUUUUUAGCGACGAAGGUUAUAAGUAUCAACGAACGGUCGCUCUUACCUGGCGUGCUCACCGCUUCACGCAGCUGACAUACCAACCAUGGUGGGAUCAUAUGUUAGAUGUUCGCGUCAAGAUGGUCGCCGACGAGUUGUACAAGGUCCUUAAACCAAUGCAAGGAGAAGACAGAUCUAAGAGUGGCUUCCGUCAGAUUGAGCUAUUCAUGGACCUCUUGGAGAUCGUUGAGAUCUUCACCAAGGUCUCCGCCAAAAUGUACCAACAUGAAGCCCUUUGGUCUUACUGCUUCCCUGAAAAUGGAGAAGGCUUUAAUGGAGCCAAUAUGUUCUCUGACCCUCAAUUGGCUGCCGAUGGAACUCCAAUUUUGUUCUGUCAUACCCCGAUUUUGACUUAUCAGACGCCCGAGCUCGGGGAACCCUAUCCCAAGUCUAUUCUCAUUGUCAAGGCAGAAUGCCUUGUUACGCAGGACUUGUCUAGCCCUACCUUUCGAGCCAAAGUGCAUACUAACGCCCAUGAGUUUGAUAUUGGAUUCCGUCAUGGAAGGCGCAAUGCUACGAUGCCAAACCUUCCAUACAACCCUCGCAUGAGCACCACCAACGAUGAGAACGAUGCAGGUCAUUCGUCUGCCAACAUUGACCCUCUACUUAUUCACAACCGACGCAUCUUCUCCGCCGAGGGACUUUUCAGCCCUGAGCCUGCUAAUCCACCUACUUUGAACAUUCGCCCAACGAGGAGCACUCCUCGUAUGUCUUACUUUGGCCAAGGGAAUGCUAGAAGCAACGAAUCUCACAAUACUUUGCAAAGUAUCCCAGAAACUACGGUCCAGGAGCCAGAAUAUCAUUCCCAAUACCCGAACGUCCCGCUUGGUCCUCCACAGGUAGUUCCACUCAGCCCCCCACAGGCAAUCCCUCUUGGUCCCCCACCGGUUAUUCCACGAUCUGCAAGACCACCAAGGCCCCCAUAUCUGCCAAGCGAGCUUCCAUAUCACGCGCCUGGACUCGAAGAUACGGUUCUCAUGCGAUACGCUGCCCAUCGUCUCCAGGGCCCAUCGGGUCUAUCAGAUUCUACAGGACACCUUCAAGUCCCCAAUCAGCAAACCGAUCCCAGUGUCCAACGACUCACCCAAACCAUGCGAAAUUUUCAACUCUAUGAUCAGUAUGAGCAAGCUGCCCGUCGAGCAACAGCUCCUAGAAACCAGUUCGGGGAUCGUAUUACCGUUCGUCAUCGUUCGGCUCCACUCCUUUCAGCUGCACAUGGUGCUUUGGGUCCGGAUGUGCAAAGACAAGCUAUGUUACUUCGUUACGCUAUAGAUCCUAAUGGCCAUCUUAUCCGCACUCCUGUUAAGGAAUCGGUCGGACUACGUGAGGCUGGUACAGGAUUACAUCGAACUGAUGAGACUGGAGGUCAACAGCAUACAUCUCAGUUCGGUACUACCCAACGUGGAGCAAGCAAUCCUAAUUUUGCAACUUUUGCCGGAAGACGUUCAUAUACCGAAAUGCCACAACGUCAAGCUACUCACCGUAGGGAUACGAGCGACGGUCCUCAGCAAAACGUUUUUCGAAGGUCGUCCCCCCGUGAUGAUGAGUUCCCAGUCAUCAGCUUUACAUCUACUGAUACAAACGAGAACGACGAAAAUGACGAAACCCUUCAAAAUCCACAUUAA